CGGCGAAAAAGGGCUUACAAAAGCUCAGUUACUCCUAAAAUAUGGCUAUAUAAGAACUUGACAUCCUCAUCUGGCCGCGACCCACCACCGUAUCGUCAUGAGAUGGGAUAACGAAUGACAUACAAAAUCCCCACAUGCCUUUCCCCCCCUUUUUUGCCGUCCAGAUGGAGUUCUCCCUGCCAGAUCCAAACCGUGCUUGAGUCUCACCCCUCGAGGGCAAGGCGUCUACUCCGCAUGCACGGAAGCAUCGUCGGGGGUGAAAAUUGGACGUACAGGUCAUCUGUCUAUCUCACCGCGCAGGAAUGGACGGUUGUAACGGGCCCCCCAAUCGAGGAACGUAAUGGGCACGUUACCCUUAGCCUCAUGGAAAAGAGUAGUUACAGAAAAGGAACUAGAAAACACGGCAUUUCUGUCCCUGUCGCCGCAUCGAGGAUCGAGCCGUCUUCAAUUAAACCAUGGCUCUCAAUACUACGAAUGCCGGCCACACUUUGCCGUCAACAACCGGUCCCCCGGCCAUCUGGACGCAUUUUCUCAAAACCCUCGAUCGUAUCAUUUCAUCCGACCUCGGAGGACAUGCCUUCGUGCAAAUUGUCAAUGGCAAACUAGCGCCCAUGAUUGAUUUUGAUCUUAAAGAUGGUCGCAGCCGCUUCUCUUCCAAUUAUUAUCUCUGGACCACCUGAAGAAGCCAUGGAAAUGGCCAAAUGUUUUCAAGACGGCUUCUGAGCAGAUGCACUUGAGGUUGAUUCUCAUAUCAGUCUCGUAAAAGGUGUUCUACAUUUGCCGGCUUACUGCACGCUUCUAGUCCUGUUCGCCGAUAGAAUUCUCGCCCCAACUUGCCUAGCUGUAUCAAAAUAGUGCAACGGUCUUAUCAGUUGUAUCUGGAUGGCUGCCUAGAAUAAGUCGAUCAUGCAA